AUCAAAAAUGAUUUAUCUAUUGCCUUUAACUACCACACAUACUUUCUACGAAAUAAGGUUCUAUAAGGAUACCGGAAGGGGCCUAACUUCGGCUUUGUCAACGCGCAUGCCCAGUCUAUUGAUAAAGAAAGAACGGGAAAAUGUCGUUGACGAGUUUCUUACCGGCGCCGACCCAGCUGUCUCAGGACCAAUUGGAGGCAGAGGAGAGGCUCCGGGCCCAGAAGUCGUACUCCACCGCUCUAGUUUCAUCCCGCAGAGAGCCCCCUCCUUAUGGAAACAGGAAAGGCUGGGUGCCUCGUUCACUUGAGGACUUCGGAGAUGGAGGAGCUUUCCCAGAGAUCCAUGUGGCCCAAUUUCCUCUGGAGAUGGGUAGAAAGAAGAAGACAUCCAAUGCCCUCGCUGUUCAGGUGGAUGCAGAAGGGAAGAUCAAAUAUGAUGCCAUCGCCAAACAAGGACAAAACAAGGAUAAGGUGGUUUUCAGUAAGUACACAGACCUUCUUCCAAAGGAAGUUCUGAAUGUUGAUGCUCCAGAGCUACAGAGGCCUGAUGAGGAGGCUGUAAAAGAGCUGACAGAGAAGACCCGUGCUGCUCUGGACAAGCAAGUGUCUCAAAAAAUUGCUGCUGCCAUGCCUGUAAGAGCUGCAGACAAACAAGCUCCUGCACAGUACAUCAGAUACACCCCGUCCCAGCAGGGAGUGGCUUUUAACUCAGGGGCCAAACAGAGGGUGAUCCGAAUGGUAGAAAUGCAGAAAGAUCCAAUGGAACCUCCACGUUUCAAGAUCAACAAGAAGAUUCCUCGAGGGCCUCCUUCUCCUCCUGCUCCUGUCAUGCAUUCCCCAAGCAGAAAGAUGACUGUCAAAGAGCAGCAGGAGUGGAAGAUUCCUCCAUGCAUCUCCAACUGGAAAAACGCAAAGGGCUAUACCAUUCCUCUUGACAAACGGCUGGCUGCUGAUGGCAGGGGGCUGCAAACGGUUCAUAUCAAUGAAAACUUUGCCAAGCUGGCUGAGGCACUCUACAUUGCUGACAGAAAGGCCAGAGAAGCAGUGGAGAUGAGAGCUCAGGUGGAGAAGAAGAUGGCCCAGAAGGAGAAGGAAAAGAAGGAGGAGAAACUGAGGGAACUGGCCCAAAUGGCUAGAGACCGCAGGGCAGGGAUCAAAAGUCAUGGGGACAAAGGUGGCGAGGACGGCGAGGCCAGAGAGCGUGACGAAAUCCGCCAUGACAGAAGGAAAGAGAGACAGCACGACAGGAACAUUUCCAGGGCUGCUCCUGAUAAGAGGUCGAAGCUGCAGAGAGACCAGGACAGGGACAUCAGCGAGCUCAUCGCUCUGGGCGUACCUAACCCUCGUUCUGCCAGUGAGGCCCAGUAUGACCAGAGACUCUUCAACCAGAGCAAGGGUAUGGAUAGUGGUUUUGCUGGUGGUGAGGACGAGACGUACAACGUGUAUGACCAGCCUUUCCGCGGUGGCAGGGACAUGGCUUCAAACAUCUACCGGCCCAGCAAGAAUAUAGACAAGGACACCUACACAGAUGAUUUCGACUCACUCAUACAAACUCACAGGUUUGUUCCAGACAAAGAGUUCUCAGGUGCCGACCAUGGGCAGAGGCGGGAAGGGCCAGUCCAGUUUGAGGAGGAUCCCUUCGGUCUCGAUAAGUUCUUGGAGGAGGCCAAACAGCACGGUGGCUCCAAGAGGCCUUCGACCAGCAGUCGUUCAAAGGAUGAUUAUCACGACAAGAAACGCAGGAAGGAGUGAGUGCGACCGGGCACGGAAUCCAUGUAGAGUGGCCGCUAGCAUGUUAGGGGAUGGGGAGUUAGGCUGCACCCUCUCAGUGGUCAACAAGUCUCUAACCGGAACGAUCUGUCACAUCUUGUUUCAGUGUGAGAGCGGGUGUAAAAUUGUGAGAGAUACUAUGUUUCUCUUUUUCACUUUUUUUUUUUUUUUUAAUAAAAAAAUAUUCCUUUUUUUUGGUGGUUACUCAGUUCUGUUCAGAAGCAUUCAGUUUUUUGGUAUGAUAUGAGUGGACAUGUUACAUCCAGCACAAAUGGAGAUAAAGUGAAAGCUGGUGUAUGAGAUCAGCCUCUGCAUCUGAAAGCAACUCUCUGUGCAGGGUAAAUGUCAUUUCAGAUGUGGCUGGUAGUAUUUGGGAAUAUUUUGCCCCUUGAAAUGUGUAGAUUUUAGGUUUUUUAUAUAUAUAUAUAUAUACUUGUUUACACCGUAACCCUGCAGGAACUGUUCAUGUCUCUCAUUUGUCCACCUCUUUCUCCCCUCUGAGAUCUUGUCCACUUUGUUUUAUUUAAACCCAUGAUGUAUUUGUGAGCACAGUUAAAGCCUGUUUUUGAUGGCAGAUGUGUACAGCAGAAUAAACCAUCAGUAAGAUGCAAAGCAAACCAGGUUUAUAAUUCUUGUACAUUACUACCAAUGAAAUAAAUUUCAUAUAGUGUGUAA